UCUGCACAGUUACCAUUUAUGAAAGCUGGCAAAUGGAGUGUAAGUAGGCGUUCAAGGGAGGAGGGGGGGGUCUGCUGUUUACGUAGAACAUAUAGAUAGACGUAUACGGAUACACGGCUCGGCUCUUUACUUUUUUAUGCACUGACCUCAGAAGAGAGAAAUAUACAAAAAAAAAAAAAAAAAAAAUGCAUCCAGACUCCAGCUCUGAGCUCGACCCAUCCUCCAGCUGUAGUCCGGCAGCGCCUGGCGGGGACACCCCUGGGUGCAGCCUGAGUCCUCCUGACUCGCUUUCAUCGUCAGUGGACAGCGCCAAGGUAGAUGCGAUUCUGAUCGUUAAACAGGAUGGUGACAGCUCUGCACCAGCCGCCUUUGUUCCGUCUGUGACUGCAAUCUCAACGUCGCCAGAGCUGAAGUGGAUGGUGCAGCCGACUGCCAUCACAUCUGGCUUUGCAAAAACCAAGACCGAUGGCGCAAACCAGUCGUCCCCAACAGGUGCAAAGAGGGCAAAAACGUGCAACAAGAAGGCGCAAAAGGAGCAGCCCUCUAAAGAAGACGAGGAGAGAAGGAGGAUUAGGAGGGAGAGGAACAAGAUUGCUGCAGCAAAGUGUCGCAACAGACGGCGGGAUCUGAUAGACAGCCUACAAGCUGAGACUGAUUCCCUGGAAGAGGAGAAGUCAACUCUCCAAACUGAGAUAGCUGAUCUGCUGAAAGAGAAAGAAAGGCUGGAGCACAUCUUAGCUUCCCAUCAGUCCUCCUGCAAACUGCCAACACAAGAUGACAGCGACAUGGAGGAGGAAGAGGAGGAGAAGGUGGAGGAUGUUGACUCAGUGCUGCAGGAUCCUCCGGCCUCCCCGCCGCUGCUCUCCAUCAUGGAGAAUGUAAAGACCCCCGAGAGCAACUUAGCUGCUGGAGAAGUCCCCGCUAGUCAGGACGCUGAUCUUUUUUGUGUCCCGGCUUCUGCGGCCAUUUUGGGGAACUCCAACAUCCUCCUGUGCUCCAGUGCAGAAGAGGAGGCCUUGCAGGACCUUAACGGAGAUGACCUUGACGAUUUGGUGCCCAGUCUGGAGAUGGCUGCGUCUGUCCCUGACAUAGACCUCAACGGGCCCUUCUGCCUCCCAGACUGGGAAACUCUCUACAAGUCUGUGGCAAGCGACCUCGAGUCCUUGACCACGCCGGUCAUGUCUUCUAGUCCCACCUGUAGCAGCUACCGCACCGUCUUUUCCUUCAGCUGUUCUGAGAUUGAAUCCAUAGCGGAAGACUGCGAGGCCCUCAAAGGCAGUCACGCAGGGUCAGAGUUGAUGAAAGAUAGUCUGAACUCCCCAACACUCUUAGCCUUGUGAAUGCAAAUAAUUUAUGCAACAAUAUACAGUAUUUGUAUUCUAACCAGCUAGCAAGCUAUCUCUCUCAAAUAACCUUUUGUAGUGUGAGCUAUGAUGUAUAAACCUGAUAAUUAAAGGUUGUGCAUAUUGACAAUGUGUUUUCUGUAACUGUGACAGGGUUGAAUUCUUCCAUUUUGUUUCAACUGUCUGAGUUUACAUUUGUGCUGGGAUCCAAAUGCAUGCAAAAACAACAAAAAAAAAGAGUCAUCUGUAUUCCAACAAAAAGGUGGUGAAUUGUGUUUCUAAGAAAAAAAAAACAAAUCUAAAUGUGAUAUGAAGUUAACACACAUUUGAUAUAGCUUAAUAUAUGUGAAACAGUGCUAUUGUGACAAGUGAAAAUAGAGAGAUGCUAAAAUGUAGCAGUGUUGGUGUAACAUCUUGCUGUGAGGUGUCCCCUGAUCUGACUUGACAUUUAUCACCUGAAGCUUUUCCAUAGCCAAAAAUCAAAAUGAAAACAUAAUCAUAUCAUGUAUUUUCUCAAGAUGUACUGUAUUUUAUGGCAUAGUUUAUUUUUUUACUCAUCAAAUAUGAUGCUGAUGCAAAAAAUGGAAUAUUGCUGAAAAUAAAACACAACAUUCACAAAUCA